UGGCUUGUGCUUAGUUCCGUGUUUUUGCAUUAGCUACUCAUUACAACCUUUAUUGUCGCUAACUAGCUGCCUUUGUGAGUUUUUUUUAGUUCGUUUAUUUUCUCCCAAAAAAAGUGUGUGACUAGCCAACAUACUAUACAUUUUACAAGUUCAGCAAACAAAUCUAGAUACGUUCUAGCCUUGCUAAACAUACUGUUAGCGGCGCAGUGUCAGUAUAUGUUUCGAAAACGAGCUAGUUGCUACCUACAGAACGUGCUUUACCAAACCAUUGACAUGACGGGAACCCAAAUUGUUUGCAACGAGUUAGUUAACAUAGAUGUCGAUACCUUUGCACCACAGUAUUUUAAACAAGAGAAACCCCAACUUUCUGCAACUCUACGAAAGUUCUACUCAUUCUGUAAGAGAAGGACAUUUGGCACAUUUGUGGCAUCCAAACAAUCUCCGUGUCACGAGGCAGAUUCUUCCAAAAAUUGGAAUUGUUGUGGCCAGACCUUCAAGGAACCUUCAUCCAUCCACAGACAUGUGUCAAGGAUACAUGACACUGACAUUGAUCAGCUCACCCAGUCCACUUUCAAGGUUUUACUAAGCCAGGUGGAGAACGAAGCCACUUCACAACAACAGUCCACAGAGAAAGAGCUAGUGGACUUUACCUCCUGGAUUUCUGACACCAGUCACAUCACUGAUGACCAGCUUCACAAUGGGCCAGGUGAAGUUCUUCUUUACUACUGCUACUGUCAAGUAGUAGAUCCUCAGCUCAUCUGUGAUUGGCAGGAGGCCCUUUGUGAAAAACUACAGUUGACUGGCAAGGUGAGGGUGGCAACAGAGGGGAUCAACGGGACAGUUGGAGGCACUAAAGUGGCAACUGACUUGUACGUUAAGGCAAUGUGCUCCCAUCCCAUUUUUAAGAUAAUGGAAAAAGAAGACUUUAAGACCAGCAGUGGUGGUGCAGAGUGUUUUUCUAACCUGCGGGUUGGAGUCUACAAGGAAAUAGUGCCAAUGGGGGUGGACCCUGUUGCCCUAUCCUACAGAUUAGCAGGUACUCACUUGGAGCCUGCAGAGUUCCACAAAGAAGUCGAGGCUAUUUUGUCAAAAGGUGACUCUUGCAAUGAUACAAUACUGCUGGACUGCCGGAACUUCUAUGAGAGUAAGAUUGGGAAGUUCAGCCAAUGUUUGGCCCCUAAUAUCAGAAAAUUCAGUUACUUCCCUGAUUACAUUGACCAGAACCUUAACCUCUUUCGAGACAAGAAGGUCCUCAUGUACUGUACUGGCGGCAUUCGCUGUGAACGUGGCUCAGCCUAUCUCCGUUCAAAAGAUGUGUGUAAGGAGGUUUAUCAGCUGAAAGGUGGCAUUCACAAAUACCUGGAACAAUUCCCAGAGGGCUUCUAUCGUGGCAAACUGUUUGUGUUCGAUGAACGCUAUGCAAUCUCCGCCAAUAAGGACAUCAUUUCGGAGUGUAUGUACUGCAACUCACCAUGGGACCAGUACCAGCUGUGCUCCACACAUUUCUGCUUCCAGCUGGUCCUUUCCUGCUCGGCCUGCAGACAGCGCGGCCACACCGCAUGCUGCCCUACCUGCCAAACCAAGGGCCAAGGCCAGGGAGAAGAGCCCUCCGCCACACCUCCGCAGAGAGAGGAAUGCGAGUGCACAAAUGGAAGGCUUAGGAUCCCCCAGGAUGCAUUGUGAUGUGCAGUUAUCUGUUUUAAAACAUGGAAUAGCGCAACGAAGAGGCCUACCUCAGACUUAACCCGAGCAAGUUUUUGAGAUGGGCAAUCCUGAUUCAAUGAACUCUUUGGUUAUUGUGGUGUCAAUCAGCCUGUGCCUAUUUCAAAUAAAAUAAAUCAACAGA